UUUCGGCAAAAGGGAAAAGAAAAUGGCACAUUACCAGAAUCCGUACGGCGUGCAAUCCGGAACCGACGAAUACGGCAACCCGAUUCGGCAGACCGACGAAUACGGGAACGUGAUCCCGGAGUCGGGCCAGUUCGUGGACCCGCUCCGCCGGACCGGCGAAUUGCGCGACACCGAUCCGUACGGCGUGGGAGACCCGGCCGGGCGAACCGCUGGGACCGGUGGACAGACGCAGCAGCAUAGGGGGGGCGAUCAGGGACAGGGAAUGUUUCAUCAUGAUAGCCAAAGGGCGGCGACGACGGGGUACACGGCGGCGGAGCAGGGCGGGGGUCGUGAGAAGAAGGGGAUGAUGGAGAAGAUCAAGGAGAAGCUGCCGGGAGCGCACCACUGAGGCCAUUUCGCUUUUCUUUUAAUUAUAUAAAUAAUAUGUGUGAGCUGAAGAAUAAGCGAAAGGUGGUCGGUGUGCGUGUACCAGUCUGCAUACAGUAAUUUUUUGUUUCCUAGUUGGAGUACUAAUGAAUUUUCACUGUUGGUUACUUGUUUUUUAUAA